CAAACACCCACUUCUGCUUUCUUUGAGCCUUUUUAAUUUGUCUACGCAUUCUCUCUCUCCUUUUUUUUUUAAAUUCCGGACAAAUCCAUAACCGAUCUACGACGCCGACUAUUAAUUUCUCUCAUUUUUUCCUCGUGAUGGCACUUGGCGCGGCUACUGUACGCCAGGCAGGAGAGGAGCUGGUGGUGGAGGAAGGCGCACGGCUUGUUUAAUUCCUCCUGUUUUUUCGCAUUUACGGUUUCAUUGUUAAAAAAAUAAACUCGUCUUUUUGGAUCGUCGCCUCCCUGGACUCACGCUCAUCACAACUUCGUUUGUUGUUUUCCUCGUAGCCGCUGCAGCCGGCCAUCCUGCGCCGUAACAUGAAGAUUAAGCAGUAAAAUAAUAUUUAAAAGAAAAAGGCCUAGACAAAGAAACUGGAUAUGGAGUCAGUAAAGAUGAGAGCCACGGCGGGGGUGAAGGAAUUUGCAGGGAAGACCCUGGGUCAUAUGCACAGGUUGAUGGAGAGGAAACAGAAAACUGGGGAGGUGAUCGAGCUGACGGAGGACGGCCGGCCCCGGGAGGCCGCAGAGAAGAAACCCCCGCUGUGUGACUGCAACUGCUGCGGUCUGCCCCGCCGAUACAUCAUCGCCAUCAUGAGCGGCCUGGGCUUCUGCAUCUCUUUCGGUAUCCGGUGUAACCUGGGCGUGGCUAUAGUGGGCAUGGUCAACAACAGCACCAUCCACGAGAACGGCAAGAUCAUCAUCACAGAGAAAGCCAAGUUCAACUGGGAUCCGGAGACGGUGGGUCUGAUUCACGGAUCCUUUUUCUGGGGCUACAUCGUUACACAAAUCCCGGGAGGAUGGAUAUCCUCCAGGCUGGCAGCAAACAGGGUAUUUGGUGCAGCCAUUGUGCUUACCUCGAUUCUCAACAUGUUAAUUCCCUCGGCUGCUCGAGUCCACUAUGGGUGUGUCAUCUUUGUGAGGAUAUUACAAGGGCUGGUGGAGGGAGUGACCUACCCAGCAUGUCAUGGCAUCUGGAGUAAGUGGGCUCCUCCGCUGGAAAGGAGUCGUCUGGCCACCCUCUCAUUCUGUGGCUCAUACGCCGGUGCUGUGAUAGCGAUGCCUCUUGCUGGAGUCCUGGUUCAGUACUCAGGCUGGUCCUCUGUGUUCUACAUAUAUGGAUGCUUCGGCAUGUUCUGGUAUAUUUUCUGGGUCCUUGUGUCUUAUGAGAGCCCUGCUGUUCAUCCAACUAUCACGGAUGAGGAACGCUGCUACAUUGAGGAGAGCAUUGGAGAGGGCAUGAAGCUAGCGGGUCCCGCUGAGAAAUACAAGACCCCCUGGAAGAAGUUCUUCACCUCCAUGCCCGUCUAUGCAAUCAUCGUGGCUAACUUCUGCAGGAGCUGGACCUUUUACCUGCUGCUGAUCAGCCAGCCUGCAUACUUUGAGGAAGUGUUUGGCUUUGAGAUAAGCAAGGUCGGCGCUGUGUCUGCCCUGCCCCAUUUAGUGAUGACCAUCAUUGUGCCUCUCGGCGGCAUGCUGGCCGACCACCUACGUGCCAAGAACAUCAUGUCGACUACCAAUGUCAGGAAAAUAAUGAACUGUGGAGGAUUUGGCAUGGAGGCCACAUUUCUGCUGGUGGUAGGAUAUUCCCACAGCAAAGGGGUGGCCAUCUCCUUCCUGGUGCUGGCAGUGGGAUUCAGUGGAUUUGCUAUAUCGGGCUUUAAUGUCAAUCACCUGGACAUCGCUCCACGCUACGCCAGUAUCCUAAUGGGCAUCUCUAACGGUGUGGGCACCCUGUCUGGGAUGGUGUGCCCUUUGAUCGUUGGUACUAUGACAAAGAACAAGUCUCGAGAGGAGUGGCAGUCUGUGUUCCUGAUCGCCUCCAUGGUGCAUUAUGGGGGAGUUAUCUUCUAUGGGAUCUUUGCGUCGGGAGAAAAGCAGCCGUGGGCCGACCCAGAACUCACCAGCGAGGAGAAGUGUGGCUUCAUAGACGAGGACGAGCUGGCAGAAGAGACGGGCGACAUCACUCAGAGUUACGGUGCCUUCGGAGGUCCGCCUAAGUCGUACGGUGCCACCACGCAGGUGAACGGAGGCUGGGCUUCAGGCUGGGAGAAGACGGAGGAGUACGUCCAGGAAGAAGCUCAGGCAGGAGGCUACGGAUACAGGAAGGAUGAGGGACACUCCUAGACCAAACAUAGAUCCACUGACACAUGAGUAGACUUAUUUUCCUGAGUGUGCAUCAGUUUAGUCAUCAAAAAAUAUCAACAAAGGAAAAAAAACUACAAUCCAUUGUUGUAUUGUUUGCACAAAUUCAAAACAAAUCUAAAUAGGUAUAAAUUUAAUGUAAAAAUAACUAAAAUGUGUAAAAGAUUCAAAAGAUAUUCGAUUAAUAGAGAUGUAACAAAUAUCAAAUUGGCAGUCUGUAAACGUAUUAUUAUACAUAUUGAUAAAAGGUAUAUCUAUUUGGAGUGCAAUUGUGUCUAAGUGUGAACAAUCUUAUCCCAUCCGCCGAGGCUGUCCUCAGUGAAGCCUGUAGGGAAACAUAGAAGCUGCUCAUCAGAACCAAACCCUUAUAUCAAAUUACAAUACAACGUCCUACAAGCCAGCCAUUACAGUGUAUAGAUGUGUCACUGCACAGCGUCGUAAACAGAAACUAGACACUCUGUUGAUAUAGAUUGUACUGUAUCUCUCCUGAAUGCACUCAGAGUAGUGUGUCCUUUUUAUGCACAAUAUGAUGAUUUUUGUUUUCUUAUCACCGGCUUCUGUGUAUGUAAAUGUCCUUAACAUGUAAGUGAACUAGUGUUGAGAUUUGAGUGGCACAUCAUGAUGACUGUUUGGUUACACUUGCAUAUAAGGUAAAUGAAAAAGGUGUCUGUCCAAUGUGUGCUACAUGUGAUCCAUUUUGUACCUCCGCAGUUUAGUGUUUGAUUUUAGCAACUUCAACCCGACACAUCUCAGCAGUGUAGUGCAGGAGUAAAGCUAUCCUCAUAACUAUACUCACCUUAACGUGAGAAAAGUCUAGUCGUACCAAUGCUGAAAGGAAUGUCCUAAAUACAAAAUAUAUGAGAGAGAUAACUAGAAGACAUAACAUAUUUAUAAGAGUUUUUAGAUUAAAUUUAGACUAAGAGAUGAAUAGUCAUAAACAGCCUUAGUGAAGGGUUUGUGCAAUGCAAUGAUUUUGGGAAAGUAAAGAAAAUCUAAAAUCAGAAUGAGAGUCUUACAAUAUGAGAGGAGCAAACCCUUAUCAUGUAAAUGAGAAUAAGAAACAUAUAUUAUUUAUAUAAAUGUGAAAGAUAUGAUAAAAUGGAUAAGAGAGAUUUUAAUGUUUAAGUAUUUCUCUAUCUAAAAGUUAAAAAAUCAAAACUGUUUUUAACUCUACCAGAAAUGUAAUGUCCAUAUGAAAUGUUUCAUGGUCUUUAAAACUAAAUGGAAACUAGUUUAACAUAUCAAAUGACAUACAAGUUGAGGUGAACAAUCCUAAAAAAAGUAUUUGAAUGUUUACAUAAAUCUAUACUUUGCUUAACGUUUACCAAAACAGGAGAUUUCUUUUAUAGCUAAAUACAGCAGGAGUCACAAAUGAGUGCAAUUUGGACAAACUGCCAUUCUUCAAUUUCCAUUACAGCAUGGGUGUGAGAUGAGACAUGUUAUGAUGUAUAAUGUAAUGAUGUUUCUUCAUGGUAGUGUGGUAAUGAAAAGUGUUUGAGGCUCCUGAAAAGGAAGAACAAGCUGACACCGAAUCUGUUUCUCAGUCUGCACUUACACUGACCAGGUCUGAAGGGGGCCAAUUUAUUUUUGAUUUAACACUUGUCUGUGGGGACCAUAAGUCAGCACUUCACAAUAUAGAUGUGUGUGGAUGUGUAUUUAUGCAUGGAACAACGUGACAUUUGUAGUUUGUCUUUUCUUUCUUUCAAACGUAUUUGUCUUUGUCUCAGAAACUGUUACUGAUGCUUCAAUUUCUUUGCACAAUCAACCAAAGGGGAAUAGCAGAGCUGGGUUUUAGCUGGAAUUCAAAUUUCUUUUUUAACGCAGUACAGACCAUCAGCGUCGAGGUUCCAGCGUGUGGACCAUAAGUGUGCAGGUGGCACAACAACAUUACUCAGUGUACAAAGCAAUAAAUCCAUAGUAACAGUUCUGGUCAAAACAUCAUGAACAGUCAUUAUGUAAUCGUUUUUUAUGCAUUUGUUUGAGUCGUGUUUUUUGUGAUAACAUGUAGAAAAUAACACUUGUAAAGAAAAAAACGUAAUGUAAAAAAUAUAGUAAUAGAGUCCAACACAAACGUCUUUGACAUCAAGGAAUUUCAAAGAGUUUGUGACAGGGCUGCUCACCAGAUGAGAAUGAUACAAAGAGCUCUGUCGAAGAGGCAGAUGCUCUUCU